GAGACUUAUUAACAUUUCCCUUGUAAUGGCGGACCAGACAGAGAACGAAAGUGUUGGGUUUAACGACAACAGAAUGGUGCAGCAGGCUGUGCGGUUCCGCAGUCCUGCCCCCGCGCCUGCUCCAGCCCCUGUGCCUGCACCUGCUCAGACUCCGGUGUUACGCGGCCCUCCACCAUUACUUAGGCCACCGCCACCUCCCUUUGGAAUGAUGAGGGGACCUCCRCCAAGACCCCCAUUUACUCGGCCACCCUUUGACCCUAACAUGCCACCAAUCCCACCACCAGGAGGCAUGCCACCGCCUAUUGGACCACCUCACCUUCAGAGGCCUCCAUUUCUCCCCCCUCCCAUUGGGAACUUGCCGCCUCCUCCUGGGAUGUUGUUCCCCCCUGGGAUGCCCCCUGUUCCUUCAUCUGGAAGCCCCGCUCUUAACCCCACAGAGGAGAUCUGGGUGGAGAAUAAGACAUCUGAAGGAAAGACGUAUUACUAUAACGCUCGGACCAGAGAGUCUUCAUGGAGCAAGCCAGAGGGUGUGAAGGUCAUCCAGCAGUCUGAACUCAACCCUCUUCUUGUGGCGGGGGCUUCAGCUGCAGGUUCAGCUUCAAAUGUGGGUGUGACUGCAGCCAUCAGCUCCAGCAGUGGCAACGCUACAGCUAGCACAGCGGGGGCAGCCUCCCCCACUCAAGCUCCAGCCUCCACCCUGUCCCACUCACACACCUCCAGCCCCGACUCCACCACCACACCCUCGCCCUCUGUGUCCAUCGCAGCCACCGUUGUAGCAGACCUCGCCCCUGUUGCCACAGUGACCUCGACUGUUGCUGUGUCCCCAGUCACCGUAGUGACUGUUUCCACGGUGCCGUCACCCGUCACAGCUGUUCAGACUGUGCCACUGCUGCCUGCAGCUCUGCCUCACAGUGUGGCCCAGCCCACUGCAGCCAUACCUGCCUUCCCCCCCGUCAUGGUGCCACCUUUUCGGGUUCCUUUACCAGGCAUGCACAUCCCUCUACCGGGUGUAGCAAUGGUGCAGAUAGUAGGUGCGCCCUGUGUAAAGGCAGGCCCCAGCGCCAACGGGAUGCUCCCUGGCAUGGGCCCACCUCUAGUUUCCAUGAUGCACCCCCAGCUGACGCUUUCAGCAGCACCUGCUUCUAUAGCUGGAUCGUUGCAGCUCCCUGAGUGGUCGGAGUACAAAACAGUUGAUGGGAAAACGUACUACUACAACAACCGGACGCUGGAGUCCACCUGGGAGAAACCACAGGCUCUAAUAGAAAAGGCAAAAGAAGCAGAAAAGGCUAAAGAGCGUCUGACCCAGGAGGAGGCCGAGGCGAUGGAAAUGGAAGCGGAGGAGCUCAAAGCAGAAAACACUAAUAAUGAGAAAGAGGAGCCUAAAGUAGAGGAGAUGACGGAGGAGGAAAAGGCAGCUCAGAAAGCCAGGCCUAUCGCCACCAACCCAAUCCCUGGCACACCUUGGUGCGUCGUGUGGACAGGAGAUGAUCGCGUUUUCUUUUACAACCCAACGACUCGACUGUCCAUGUGGGAUCGACCCGACGAGCUGAUCGGCCGGGCCGACGUCGACAAACACAUCCAGGAGCCUCCACACAAGAAAGGCCCCGAGGAUGGCAAGAAGACAGGUGUCAAUAAGGAGGAGCCAGAGCUCUCUGCUGCUGCUGAGGAUGUUCAGGAUGAUGAGCCAACCAAAUCUAAAAAGAGAAAGUUUUUGAUCAGUAUGUGAAGACGCGAGCGGAGGAGGAGAGGAAGGAGAAGAAGAACAAGCUGAUGCAGGCCAAAGAUGAUUUCAGGAGAAUGAUGGAAGAGGCCAAGCUCACACCCAAAACCACGUUUAGUGAGUUUGCCAUGAAGCACGGCAGAGAUCCACGGUUUAAGAGCAUCGACAAGAUGAAGGACAGGGAGGCUAUUUUCAUCGAAUUCAUGACAGCAUUUAGGAAGAGAGAGAAGGAGGACUCCAAAUCCAGAGGAGAGAAGGUAAAGCUAGACUUCUUUGAUCUCCUGAGUGAGCAGCAUAUAGAGGGAAGCCAUCGAUGGAGCAAAGUGAAGGAUCGGUUAGAGACCGACCCUCGUUACAAGGCUGUGGACAGCUCUGCGCUCAGAGAGGAGCUUUUCAAACAGUUCAUGGAAAAACAAGCAAAGAAUGUGGACAUUGAUAAGGAGCGUGAGAUGGAGCGACAGGCUCGAAUCGAGGCCAGUCUCAGAGAGCGGGAGCGGGAGGUGCAGAAGGCCCGAUCGGAACAGACCAAAGAGAUUGACCGAGAGAGGGAGCAGCACAAAAGAGAGGAGGCCAUCCAGAACUUCAAAGCUCUCAUGUCUGAUAUGGUUCGCUCUUCAGAUGCAGCGUGGUCAGACACCCGCCGCAACCUGAGGAAGGACCAUCGCUGGGAAUCAGCAUCGCUGCUGGAAAGAGAGGAGAAAGAGAAGCUGUUUAACGAACACGUCGAAGCUUUGGCCAAGAAGAAGAAAGAACAAUUCAGACAGCUGCUGGAUGAGACCAGCAUGAUCACUUUAACAACUACAUGGAAGGAAGUGAAGAAAGUAAUCAAGGAUGACCCUCGCUGUAUUAAAUUCUCCUCCAGUGACAGAAAGAGACAGCGGGAGUUUGAAGACUACAUCAAAGACAAAUACAUCACCGCCAAGGCUGACUUCAGAACUCUGCUGAAGGAGACAAAGUUCAUCACGUACAGGUCAAGAAAACUGAUCCAGGAGUCAGAUCAGCAUCUGAAGGAUGUGGAGAAGGUCCUUCAGAAUGACAAGCGGUACCUCGUUCUGGAAUGUGUCCCAGAGGAACGCAGGAAGCUCAUCAUGUUCUACAUCGAAGACUUGGACCGACGUGGCCCSCCGCCCCCACCCACUGCCUCCGAGCCCACCCGACGAUCUACAAAGUGACCAAUCACAUAAUGGCCAGUGCCCCUCCCUGCUCUUCGUUUGGCCGGAGCAUGACUUCCCCUCAGCACCCUCUGAACCCCGGCCUUCAGGCUGGCUUUGCAGUGUUAUUGCUGAGGGUUAAAUUGCUUACAGAUGAACGGUUAAAGUCGCUGUUAUGUCACCUCUUAGCCCUGAAGUAGCCCUGCGUUUAAAGGAAGCAGGGAGCAGAGGUUACCUGAACUCAAGGUGACACCCAUGACCUCUCUGACUGACCACUUGAGAGGGAGAGGAAAAGUGACGAGGCUGUUGUCUGAGCGUCCACACAGAUGUAAGAUAUGUGAUGUAAAUGAAGAUGUGUGUGUAUGCGUGCGAGUCUGGUGCACGCAUGUUUAAAUAUGUGUGCAUUUGUUGGAGGCGUCCUUAAGCCUUACAGCCCCACUGUGCCAGUCGUUCUUUCUGCGGCUCAGUGUGAAUGUUCGUUUCGGCUCAGUGGUUCACUCCACCGUCACAGCAGUUUUUCUGUUGAAUCAAAUAAAGCAACUUCCACUGUUUUUCAA